UUUCUAUCAUAAUUAAAUUUACUCAAUGAUCAAUAUAUUUAACGAUUUCUGCCUUUGCGACGUCUCUGUUAAGUUAAAACAACAUCAGUUGUUACAACCAAUGUUUCAGCAAGAGCAGCUUCAGUGGAGGACUGGAUGGGAGCCUCAACUGUCACUUUCUCAGCUCAACCAAAGCCAGUACUCAGCUGUUCCAGCAAUCGGAAGAGUGCCUUACAUUUGUCAAAAACAAGUCAAAACUAUUCACACAUACGACUUCUCGAAGCACCAACAGAAGCUGAAGGCUAAGCUGUACCCAUUGCUGGGAACUGGCCUUGCAUUUGCCACAGCCAAGAAGAAGGCCAACCUGUGUAAGAGCAAGAAAGUGAGCAAGAGAAGGUCCAAGUACACCGGAGUAACCAAGAACUCAAUCAACUAUCAGACUCUUAUAGUGAUCGGAGGCAAGAAGACUUACGUAGGUUCGUUUCCACUCGAGCUGGAUGCAGCAAUCACCUUCGAUUUUUACUCAAUGAUGCUGCAUAGCGACAAAGCACCUACCAACUUUGCUUGGAAGGCCGAAGACAUCCUUGAAAUGGUGGAGAGCUUCAACUUAAACAGAGGAGUGUUUGAGCCAGCCAGGUUCCAUUCCAAGCUUAUUAAUUCAUCAUAAAUUUACCCUGAAA